GCGCCUCCGCUCCGGCCCCGCGGGUCUGCUCUGUGUGCCAUGGACGGCAUCGUCCCAGACAAAGCAGUCGGUACAAAGCGGGGAUCCCACGAGCUCUCUACAUGUGUCAGCAAUGGCCCCUUCGACAUGAGCAGCUCGGCUUCAGCAGCCAAUGGAAAUGAUAGCAAGAAGUUCAACGGCAACAACAGGAACACAGAGGUCCCGUCCAGAGUCAUCCAUGUCCGCAAGCUACCCACUAAUGUCACUGAGGGCGAGGUCAUCUCUCUGGGGCUGCCCUUUGGGAAGGUCACCAACCUCCUCAUGCUGAAGGGGAAAAACCAGGCCUUCAUUGAAAUGAACACAGAGGAGGCUGUCAACACCAUGGUCAACUACUAUACGUCAGUGGCACCCGUGCUGCGAGGACAGCCCACCUGCAUUCAGUUCUCCAACCACAAGGAGCUCAAAACUGACAGCUCACCCAACCAGGCACAGGCCCAGGCAGCCCUGCAGGCAGUGAACUCUGUGCAGUCCGGAAACCUGGCUUUGGCAGCCUCUGCUGCUGCCGUGGAUGCAGGGAUGGCAAUGGUAGGCCAGGGCCCAGUGCUCAGAAUCAAUGUGGAAAACCUCUUUUACCCAGUGACCCUGGAUGUUCUGCAUGGGAUCUUCUCUAAGUUUGGGACAGUCCUGAAGAUCAUCACAUUCACCAAGAAUUACCAGGUCCAGGCGCUGCUGCAGUAUGCUGACCCUGUGAGUGCCCAGCAUGCCAAGCUGUCGCUGGACGGCCAGAACAUCUACAACGCCUGCUGCAACUUCUCCAAGCUCACUAGUCUCAAUGUCAAAUACAGCAAUGACAAGAGCAGAGAUUACACUCGGCCUGACUUGCCCACUGGGGACAGCCAGCCCUCACUGGACCAGACCAUGGCUGCAGCCUUUGGCCUCUCUGUUCCUAAUGUCCACAGAGCAUUGGUCCCUCUGGCCAUACCGUCUGCUGCUGCAGCUGGCUGCAUUGCCAUUCCAAGCCUGGCAGGCGCCGGAAAUUCUGUCCUUCUGGUCAGCAACCUGAACUCUGAGAGAGUCACACCCCAAAGCCUCUUUAUUCUCUUCGGAGUCUAUGGUGAUGUGCAGCGGGUGAAGAUUCUGUUCAACAAGAAGGAAAAUGCACUUGUCCAGAUGGUGGACGGCAGCCAGGCCCAGCUGGCCACGAAUGGGCACAAGCUCCAUGGGAAGUCAGUGCGUAUCACACUGUCAAAGCAUCAGAGUGUGCAGCUGCCUCGUGAGAGGCAGGAGGACCAGGGCCUGCCCUAGGACUAUGGUAGCUCACCAUUGCAUAGCUUCAAGAAGCCAGGCUCCAAGAACUUCCAGAACAUCUUCCCGCCCUCAGCUACUCUCCACCUCUCCAAUAUCCCGCCCUCUGUGUCGGAGGAUGACCUCAAGAGCCUCUUCUCCAGCAAUGGUGGUGUGAUCCAAGGCUUCAAGUUCUUCCAGAAGGACAGAAGGAUGGCCUUGAUCCAGAUGGGCUCUGUGGAGGAGGCGGUGCAGCCUCUGACUGAACUACACAACCACGACCUGGGUGAGAACCACCAUCUGGGCGUGUCCUUCUCUAAGGCCACCAUCUAG